AUGCCCCGCUUCCUCAAACGCAUCUUCCCAGACCACCUCUUCCGCCGCGACCCCACCACCCACACAGCAGACGUCUCGCACCUCCAGCGCUCGCGCCGCGUGCUGGUGCGGCCCUCGACAAAUGCGCUAUACGAGUCUUCUGCGUCCAACUGGCGCUUAGGCGGUGUUUUUUACGAGGGAGAAGGGGAGACGGGGAGGGAGGAAAGGCGCGCGUUGAGGGAUGGGGCGAGUGUUGCUGAGAGUGAGGCUGUUGGGGUGCAUGAGGGGAUGGGAAGUGGCGAGGUGCAUGGGCGUAAAGAGAGUAGGUCGAGGAGGAGGUUGAGUAAGAGGCAUAGGAUGCCUGUUUGA